CGGAUACUCACAUAAUUUGCCUUUACGCCAUAGUUAUACUAUUUAUUUAUGGAACAUUUAGUGUUCUUCACUUAUUCCUUGACUUUACUCUAAGUUUUCUAUUCUUAUUGGUCAUCGUCUACUUAAUGCUUAAACUCAUUUGUCAAGCCUUGAUCUACCCUGGAUCAUUUAAAUUAUACUAGAGGAUCAAUUAAAAUCACCAGGGGUUGUUACAUGCAAAGGUUUAUAGUUGAUCUUAAUUUAGAUAGUUUAAUAACAGGUAAAGGAAUUUGAAGAUAUGAUAUACCAACGUAAGUAGGCAAACAUAAACAUCAUUUAAUGGUUUGAUUAAUAGGCAUAGAUAUUUUAAACAAUGUAGAACCAAAGUUAAUUAUAAAUGGACUAUCACAAUUACCUAAAAUAAAUCAUAUCAAUACUUAAAACAAAAUGCAAUAAUGAAUUUCUUUUUGAGUGUAUUAUGAAAGGCAAUCAAAUUGAAUAAAAAUAUGUUGAUUAUUUGAUAACUAAUUUGGAUGGGAUGUACAAUAUAGCUGAUAAGCAUGUAAUAGAAUUAAAGGGUUUAUAAAAAUUAAAAAGAUGGUAUUCUUUAGAAUUAUUUGGUGGAUUAAAUGAAUUCAGAGCAAUGAUAUAAUUGAAGAAUCCAAAUGCAAAGAGAGUUAUGAUUAUAAAUGGGAAAUCUAAAAUUGAUUGCAUGUACCUGAUCAAUUAAUAAGAAGGUCAACCAAAUAAUACCGUACUCUUUUGUAAUCCUAAUGGAGGUUAUUAUGAAUAUAUGUUCUAUGAUGUAAUAUUACUUUAAUAAAUCUAGUGUAAUUGGUUUAGAUUCUAUGAAAAUAAUUAAAUAAAUGUGAUAGUGUGGAAUUAUAGAUAAUAUGGUUAAAGUACUGGUAAAAUAAACCCAAAAGCUCUUUUGUCAGAUGCAAAUGCAGUGGUCAAUUAUUUUAGAGAACAUUACAAUAUAACAAGAUUUGGGAUAUAAGGAUAUUCUUUAGGUGGUUCAAUAGCUAGUGAAGUAGCUUUGGAAAACAAUCUAGAUUUCUUAAUAGUUGAUAGAACAUUUUCAUCAAUAGGAUAAGUAGCUUCUAAAUGUUUUAGUAGUCGUAUAAGAAUGAUAUUAAAUAUUAUAACAGAUUGGGAUAAACCAUAAUAUAUGAAUUAUUGGAAUUAUAAAGGACAUAAAUUAAUUGUAUAAGAUUCGAAGGAUGAAAUAAUUCCUUAUGUUGCUUAAUUAUAGGUAGCUAUAGGGAGAGAAUGGUUUAGUCCAUAUAAAGAGAAGUAUUUUAAUAAGAUAACCUCAUUGUUAGAUUAAGAGUCAGCUAGUUUUUAGAAAUUUUUUAAUUAAAAUAUUCUAAAUAAUUAAUAGAUGAAAGUUUUAUUAAAAAGUUUAAGUAGAUUAAUAAAUUUGAUAUUGAAAUUUUAUAAAUUUGAAUAGCAAAUAGAAAUUCCUUAGGAUAGAACAUUUAUAAAUAUUAACAUAAAUAAUUAGAUUCGUAAUUAAGAGAAUUAUGUGGAGUUGAUAAGUAUAGAAGAAUUGGAAAGAUUAUAACCAUUAUUGUAUUCUAUGAUUUAAAUAAUGUUUUCUUUAAAGUACAAUAAUACAGUUUUAAUUGAUCUUCUAAUAAAUAAUUAAGAUAAUUUUGAGGAGAAAGUGUAAUGUUUUUUUGCAUGUUGUUUUACAUUUGGGAUGCAUGAUAAUUAACAUAAUUUUAUUUAGUAGUAUUCUAUAUUUAGAUAAGCAAUGAAUGAAUUUUUGAAUUUGGAAGGAAAUCAAAAUGAUUGGGGGAAUGUAAAUAUGAUUAUAAAAUUAGUUAAAACAAGAUGGUUAGAUAAUAUUGGAACAUUUUAAUAAGAUAGUUGAUAGAUUUUCUGAAUAUAUGGAUGAUACAUUGCAAACAUAAAAUCUGAAUGAAUCAAGUGAGAGAGGAGCAAAUAUUGAAAUGAAAUUGACAUCACAUUACAUAACAAAAAUAGGAUAAUUAAUAAAUAUAGAUUGUGGUCAUAAUAAUAAUUUAAGUGAAUUAAAUUUUAGUUAUGUAAAAGCAUUCUUAAGAUAGAUAGGAAUAUAAUGA